GACGCGAUUAGGCGUCUUCUGGCCGUUGAAAUUCGUUAAAAUCAAGCAAAUAGUACGAUUCGACGAUAAGUGGACGCGCACUUGUCACUUCUCACUUUUAGUUCGUUACUUUCGAGAGUGUACGAUAUGGUGGCGCUUUAGCUGUCCUCCACUUUUUUUUCAAGAGGGAGUUACAACCCCCUGGUUUGAGGUAGCAGAUGAAAACAAGCGAUGCUCAAGUUGAGCGAAGGUUUGUGUUGUCUCUUCGUCGUCUGCUACCGUAUCGUGAGAGAGAAACCCGUGGAAGAGACGCGAAAGAUCGACUCGCCGUUGCCAUCCCUAUCGUAUCACUAUAUCCCAGGUGAUUUUUCGUGAAUACCACAACGCGAUCCUCUGCGGCGUCUGCUAUUCCUCCUCUUCCUCCUCCUCCUCCUUCUUCUCCUUCUCCUCCUCCUCCUCAUCAUCAUCAUCAUCAUCUUUAUCCUUCUGCAUUCACGCGGGCGUUCAAACCGCGGGAACGAUGUAGACGUCCUCCACCGACAGCAUCUCUGUCCUUCGAUCAGCGCGUCGGGGAUGCCGGCACGGCCGCUUGCGGCUGCCACCAUCGUCGACGACUACGAGCGGCGCAGUACCCGCCGUACCCGUGGGAAAUGUCUUACAGUGAUGGCACACGCCCGACACGUAAAUUUGGCCCAAAAUCGCCAAAGAAACUGUGCGUGACCAAGAGCGAAAACAGCGACAAGACCACAACAACAGUCAACUGUGGCAGCCAUCAUCACAAUCACUACCAUCACAACCAUCACCGCUUCCUGGACGGCACUCAACCGUCGGUGCACAAGCGCAAUCUCUACCUUGUUUCAUCCCCGCUGAUACUACUGUUUAACGUGCUGCGCACACUGCUGUAUCAGCUGUUUGUGGUAUUCAGAUAUUUGUAUACCUCUACAUCUCAGCUGAUCCAGCGCAGGCAGCAGUCCAAGCAGGCCUGUCACUUGGAGAUAGUUGUUGGGCAGAAACCGACGGAUGGCCGUUUGGUCAACGGUAGUCAGGCGGAAAGUGAGACCAUCAUGUCGCAAGUGCCUAGACGUCCGAUCGGGCCAGGCCCUGCAGAUCCGUUACUCGCUAAGCAGAAACAUCAUCAUCGUAGAGCGUUUGAGUUUAUCAGCAAAGCGCUCAAAAUUGAUGAGGAUAAUGAAGGACAAAAGGAAAUGGCAAUCGAAUUAUAUAAAAAGGGAAUAGGAGAACUGGAGAAGGGAAUAGCUGUAGAAUGCACUGGUGGACACGGUGAGGUAUGGGAGCACGCCCAAAGACUUCACGACAAGAUGUGUACAAAUCUGGUGAUGGCAAAAGACAGGCUGGAAUUCCUCGUGAGUGUGUGUGAGCUGAGAAAGCUGGGUAUCAACAAUGAAUACCGUACUUCUGGAAAUAAAACGGACGGCGAAUCGCAUCCGGGAAAGCAUCUGAGGGCUCGCCGCAAUAUACAUACUUUUCAAACCACUCGUACCUCACCCAACACUAAUUAUAAUAAGAAUACGAACAGUACGCACACAACAGUUAACACCGGGCAGGCCAUAUGUACCCAAAUUCCCAAGUUAAGGCCACGCUCACCAAAAAACUGUUGUGCUCAUACUACUGAAGCAUCUGGCAGAAAAUUAUCGGUCCCCGGAAAGCGAAUGACAGGAAUACCUUUGAACAAGAGUCAGACGCUGCCUCGAAGUAUGGGCAGAUCGACACCUGUUCAACCUUGCCACAGAACCAUGCCUAUCAAACCGUCCUCCACUCCACCCUCCGUGAAAAGGCAGCUGUCUGUACCUGGCAACGGCUCGCCUAUAAGACGUCCGGGAACACCUACUACCUCGAACAGUAACAGAAGUACGCCAACCAGAAAAGUACCUGUGUUGAAGGGAGUGGAUCCAAAACUUGCCCAAGUGAUUCUCGACGAGAUCUUGGAAGGAGGAACGCCGGUGCAAUGGGAGGACAUUGCUGGUCAAGAGACGGCGAAACAAGCUUUACAAGAGAUGGUGAUUCUACCGUCGCUGCGACCCGAGCUGUUUACCGGUCUGCGAACACCUGCAAGAGGACUGCUACUAUUCGGACCACCGGGAAACGGGAAGACGUUGCUGGCACGUGCCGUUGCGACUCAAUGCAACGCGACGUUCUUUUCGAUCUCUGCCGCUAGUCUCACGUCCAAAUACGUUGGAGAGGGUGAGAAAUUGGUGAGGGCUCUGUUCGCGAUCGCGCGGGAGUUGCAGCCGUCUGUCAUCUUUAUCGACGAGGUGGACUCGCUGUUGAGCGAACGAAAGGAUAACGAGCACGAAGCGUCCAGGAGACUAAAAACAGAAUUCUUAGUUGAGUUUGACGGUUUGCCGUGCAAUCCCGAAGAAAGAGUGCUCGUUAUGGCCGCUACGAAUAGACCACAGGAGUUGGAUGAAGCUGCGCUGAGACGAUUUACGAAACGCGUGUACGUCAUGUUGCCGGACUUGCAAACGAGAAUCUUGUUACUUCGGAGGCUUCUAGCCAAACACAAUGAUCCACUGACACCCGAAGAAUUGAACGAGAUGGCAAUUCUGACGGACGGAUAUUCGGGAAGCGAUUUGACUGCGCUAGCUAAAGAUGCCGCACUUGGGUCCAUCAGAGAACUGAAUCCAGAUCAGGUGAAAGAAUUGGACCUCAAUUCCGUUCGUAAUAUUACAAUGCAAGAUUUCCGCGAUUCCCUAAAGAGAAUUCGCAGAUCCGUUUCACCGGCAAGUUUAGCCGCCUAUGAAAAAUGGAGCUUCGAAUACGGAGACGUGAGUCUUUGAUUUAUGAUGAACUGCCCAGAGCUCCAGAACAAUCGCAUUCGAAUGAAAUGUAAUUGACGAUACGGAAUUACAAAUGUUCCCGAGUAUCGAAAAACAACUGUAAUGUCGACACAAACAGCAACUUUGUUUUUAUUCCACGCUAUGAACAAUAUUAAUCUUUAUAAAAAAGAAAAGAGAAAAUAGCAGUGAGAAGAGCAGUGAAAGAGUGAGGAAAAGAAAGUACUUUUAUUUUGACUUGUGAGAAUAUCGAAUAUCGAUUCGUAUUGCGAUCGCGCUUAACACGAAACGUAGCUGUUUGAGUCUCAUCUUAUUUUUACACAUUAUGAGUAACUUUUAUGUCAAACGUAUCAUUAAAAAUACGUUUCUCAUUGAUUUUAAUAAACUCUAGUACUUUACACUCUACUCAGCGAUCAGAUAUUAUAGCAUUUGCAGUUUGAAUGUUGUUACCAUUUUGAUAUUAAAAGCAUGAUUAUUAUUAUUUCA